AUGGCAAUGCAGUCCCCGGAAGCCUGCUUCCUGGAGGCCGUGUUUAACCAUGUCUCCCUUCCACCACGGCUGCCCGACAGACAAGAAGGGAAUCUCGACCGAAUCGACCGCGCGCUCGUCGAGCGAGUCCUUGAUGCUGUUGCCGGACUAUCUCCCAUUCUCGCAAAUAAUGCAUUUGAGCCUCUUCGCCGAUCGCUUCAGGUCUGCAAGCACGUUAACACAGGUGGCCGUCUUGCCAAAUCUUCUCUCCUCAUCGCCUUCAAAGAGCUGCCAAUCAACCCCACCGACUUUCUUCUUUUGCACGUGGCCGAGCAGAACGCUGCUCUGAUAGUUCGUUGCCAAAAGGAAGAUGAGCAUGGGGAGGAGAUUGUCUUUGAGGCAUUCGAAGCUUCCCCUGUUUCCGAAGACGUGCUCGCCGCUGAGGGUGCGCUGCAAUGGGACUUUCCGGGAAACGCCGUUGCAAUACCUCUCGAUACGUUCAAUGACCCAAAGUUCCAGGAAGAGCUGGCGACUUUCCUCGAGAAAGCCAGCGUCGAGUCCAUCAAACGGUUUGCUGCUCGCGCCAACAAAGCUGGAUCUUCGGCCUACGAGUCUCGUGGCACGGUCGAUCCCUCCCUGAUAACACAAAUGCUCAUGUCACUCCUGGCAGAGAUUGGGGGCCGUCGGGUAUUCCCUACGCUUUUGCGUAAACAUGUUCGAGAUGACGUUCUUUGGGAAAAUGGAUCGGAAAAGCCAUGGCGGCGGUCCUCAUUCUGGCUAGCGCUUCGAGUUUCAAUCCAUCGAUAUCUUUCACAGUCAGGAGAUAGCGGCAUCGGACGGGCUCAAUACAAGUUUAUGAUGUGCCUGGUACUUUCGAAGCUUCUAGACGAUUGUGUUGCACAUAUCAGUCUUGAGCUGUCCAACCAUCUCAAAGCUAAGCUCUGCCGUCGCCUCGUGAAGCUUCAAGAUGACAGAGAUGGGUCCGUGAGUCCAUUAGAUACGCAAUAUGCCGCAUUCUUCUCAGGUCUCGGUCCGGCAUUGCGCCACUCUGUCAACUCCGCUACUGAAAAGAUCAACGUCGCCUGGGAACGUUAUACAAAGCGAAUGGAGCGUCGGAUCAUGCCCUUGCCACAAAGAGCUCUGGACAUUGACCUACGCCUCUCUCUUCGUAACAGUGGUGACUACUUGAGACAGCUUGUCUACAACAACUCAUAUUCACAGUAUGCAGUAUCUAGAACCACUUUACAUCAAGGGCUCCCUCGAGAUUACUCAUCUUCGGCACGCGUCUCAAAAUCUGGCUCGGUCUACGUCAAACGCUAUUUUUCAUUGUCUGAAGCCGAGAUGGACAUUGAAAAUCAGCUGAACGAUACGAAUAAAUCAGAAUCCGACCCCAAAAUCCACUGCUCGCUUCUAGCAAGAACUAUUGGUAGCUACCUUGAAAAAGUUGGCGAUUCGUACGAUCAAAAUCCCGAGCAGAAGAGUCUUAUGAUUCUGCAUGUUAUGGAUCUUUGGGUAGCAAUGGACUCAUCGGCUACCAAGGCGUGCAGUCUCUUGAAAGACUACAGUCCAGGAUUCCCGGUCGACAUUUUGGAUGUCUUGCAUGUUGCUCGCCGUAAAGAUAUGUUGCGUCUCCAGAAAAUAAGACAAUAUCUUCAAAUGCGACACGGAGCCUGCAAAAGUCACAGCACCAUUUUCAAUGACCCGGCCAAAGGCUGCUUCGCAGAACGUUACUACGACGAGUCCGAAAGCAAAUACAAAAUGCAGGCCCUACAUAAGCGUAUCGAAGAAGAUGCGGAAUCCCUUCGUAUGCGAAAGGAACAGGAAUGGUGUCGAAAAUCAUUGGAAUUCGAAGCUCUCGUUGAGCAAGCAGCUGAUAGUUCGUGCCUCUUCACGGUUGACGAGUACCAGGUCAAAGUACACAAUGAUCACCAAUGCACUAAAUGUUUUCUCGAACGUACGAUCAAGCGAUUCUCGAUGUCAGGCUUCGAGUACCCAUUGCCCUCGGACCCCAUCCUAGCCAAAGUAGUAGUCUUCGAAUUGUCAUGCCCAAAAGCAAUCCGCUUAUAUCGAGACUUGACCUGGCGCAUUCUGAGCACUCUCGCACUGACGCAUUUACCCACGCCGGGCUCUAAACCGCGAGUUAUGCUGAAGGAGUACUCAGAGUUGAACGAAUACUCGCGCUCUAUUCCCUCGGCGGACAAAUUUAGUCUCGCAUCAAUGACAAAGUCGUGGCUGAUUACACGUAACUACUCCAAAUGUCGUUUCCCAAUUGGACUGGAAGAAGUCUGCAAACCUAACGGCUUGAAACUCAAGUACUACGAUGAACGCCUUGAAUCCUGGACGGGAGGACUUAGUAUGCAGAGACCAAGCUUUGCGCAUCAUUGCCGGAUGACCGUUCCUCCUGACUCGCCCUUCUCCGUUUUCAACUUCUCCUCACAGUUUGAUGCUUCAUCUAAUGGGCCCUCGUCUUAUGAGAUCAUUGCUAGUCAGACAAAAUGUCCUUCUGGCUUGAACGUCCACGAAUUUCUCUCGUUCCAAACUUUGUUUGCUGGAAGAACUCGUCGAUGGCUUCAGCUACUCAUUGAGCUUGGAUCGUCCAACAUUAAUUUCAGUACCGAGGGAGCAACAUCACUGAUCUCUUACCUAGCCUUACAAGCUGGAGGUGAAGAGCAAGGGAGUUUUCUGGGCACAAUUCAUGGUGUCUUUGAGGAUGCAGCUUUCUGCAAUCGAUUGCUGGAACAACUGGACCAACGCAUAGAUUCUAUUUCAACAAACUGGAGAGAUACAAAUUGUAUGGAGUCACUCAUCACCAUCGGACUCCGCUUAUUCGAACUUGGGACCGCGUCCAUGGAGGCUGCAGUCAUGUUCCUUGAAAAGGCACGUCUUAUCACCACCGCCUGGAUGUCUACACUACAGACCGAAAGCAGACUAGCCACAGAUGCAGAAACAGUUCGACGAUAUUCAAAAUACGCACUUUUGGCCGCGUUGCUAUGUAGAAGAACCUUUUGCAUAUAUCUCAAUCCACGAGCAACGCUCGACCCGGCUGCCCUCAAGUGUUUCUUCGAAAGUUCGAUCGUCGUCCAAGAUAAUAUGGGAAUUGAUCCGCCUUCGUUGCCUUUACCCGUUCGGCAUGCCUUGAUUCGAGAUAUCAAAGCCACUUCUGAACUGCGACACCUGUUGCGGUCUUCGGUCGAUGAAAAUCAGGACAGCCUGAUCAAAGCACUUUCCAGUGUUUUUCCAGGUGCCGGCGGUUAUCAGGACCAAAAACCAGCUAGCUUUCGAUUCCUUCCAGAGCCAAAUGAGUGGUGGGUCAAAAUUAAACACGAAUCCUCUAUUCUUACUCAAGCACAGGUCGUCCACUUCAAUCUUUUGGAAGGUCACUUGUUGGUAAUGGGAAAGCCAGUUGGGAAACUGCCGCAAGAGUGGAAGGACUCUGCGGUGAUCCAAACACUGUUCCGCGACCAAGACUUGCAGACAUUCUCAUCGCCACUGCCUGGCAUGACUUACAUGCUGCUUCGAAACCCCGUAUAUGGCUGCGAGGUUCACCUUGGGAUUCGAGAUGGCACCUAUAUCGUGCGGACGCGGAUGGGCGAUGCUGUGUCGGAAUAUAUCCCCAAAGAGAUUUUUGGCGACGCUCAGGAUUUCGACCUUCCCGCAGAAUUGGUAGACGAUUCUUUUCACUGGCUUGACCUUCGGACCGGCAUGCUUGAGAUUAGAGCCUCCGCUACGCCAUGGAAGCAAAAGUUAAACAACUGGUACCUCAAUACUAAAACAUCUCAAGCAACUCGUGGAAAAUGGGCUCUUGUUGAUCCACGUGGUAGACUAUUUCCCUUGAUUGCGGACCAAUUCUUAUAUUUCGAAGACCGUCGACACCUAACGGUCACUCAGCCACUGCCUGUUGGUGGUAGAUUGACUGUGAAUCUACGCCGCCUUGAUUUGCUGUUCUACGUAAAUGCCAGGAGCCGUCUUGAAUGCCCACAGCUGCAUUCUGAGAUUGACCUUAACCAAGACUGUGGGACAUUGUAUGGAUUGAGUUCGAAGUUAGUUUUGAAGGAGAUUGGGAAGACUCAACACCCGGCAGGAUACAUAGUACCGAUCCCACUCCAGCAAAGAAGCGUUCUCGUGCCAAUGGGGCAGAUCACCAAACAAAGAGCCGGUCCACACGUCAAGAUCAUCAUCCAAAAUAAUGGUGAUUACGUGCGUCUCCUAGUCAACGAAACCCUGGGCCGUCUCGACUGUGCUGCGGAACCACUACUUCUAUACCUGAAAGCUAUGUAUCAUGCUUACACGUCUUUUUUCAUUCCUGAUCCUCUUACUGGCCGAACAGGCACGGAGGAAGCAUUGCAUUGUUUGAGAUCCGGUUACUGCCAACCUUGGUCUCCAUUAUCCUUUGGCUCGUACAAUGUAUUAACAAUGAUCUCGAAGCUUACUCCACACAGAGACUACUACCCCUCUGACCUCAAGGUAAUGCAAAAAGUGCAUUGGGACGACACCCUGACCGUCACUAUCCAGAACGAUUUCUAUCAAGCAAUCGUUGGAAGUAUCUUGAAAAUAUCUCAUCAAUUGUCGAUGUUCAAGACAAAUGCGACUGAUUAUCCCCCUCUUGAUCCCGCUGGGUCGUCUCACUUGAUUCUCCGUAGUAGAUUGAGAAGACAGCUCUACCAACGCCCCAUGGACGCCGACGAUACCAAAGGCAUUCCUGCGCAACCAUAUAGCUCCAGAGAUCUCAUACUUGCCACUGGAGGUAGGAAAAAUGUCAUAGAGUGUACGAACCUCAUUCUCUCGUGGCCUACAUCUUUCGAAACAACUAAGGAUCUUUCUGGAUUGAUACAAGCCUGGCCCAGCUUUCGAGGUUUCAAUGGAAGUUUCAGCCAUGCCCUGCUCUCUGACGUUCUCGAUGUUCAAAUGGAAUCCGACUGGGGACCUUUAGCCAAUAUGUGCCUAUUGUCAAGCAAGGAUGAUCUGUACCGACUGAUAUUCUUGCUCGGUACGAUUUCCUUCCGCUCCGAUGCAAACAUGGAUGCAAUCCGCACCCUGAUUGCUUUUGCCGUGUUUACGGAUCUGAAGUCUAUCAGCACACCGCAGUGGCCCAUGUACGCCCAAUUCAAAAACACUUAUACGCCGAGAGUUGGUAGUACCACAAAUUUAUUCAAGUCAUGCUUGGUCCCGUACGAGCGUGGAGAUACUUUGGGAAUCGUUAUGGGUUGCAAAUUACGCAAGAAACACGACAAAGCUGAGCAAGCUCAUAAGCGGCAACAAGAGAGAGACGCCACAACGUUAGCUGAAUUUCUUCUCAAACAAUGGCCAUGUGUGGAGCCGACCGUUGCAGGCUUUGAUACACCUAUCUUGGUUGAUAUUCAACAAGCACUCGAGGUCAUUCGUCCGGAGUGGCUGCGUCUCUACCAGAAUCUAGAUCUUGCUGAUUACCUUGCCCGGGUGCAAAUUGUCUUGGACAAACACAGUGCCAAGCGUGAGGCGUCUAUUUCGCCAUUCGUGGAAGUUGUCGAACAAGAAGUCUAUCCAACUCGAGUUUAUGACCAUGGAUUAGUACCUAAUUUGGGGCAAAUGUUUCAGAUGACACUGAGUGUGCCCAAACUCAAUAUGCCUUUGAUCGAAAUCCCGCCUCUGGUUCCCGUAGAGUCCCGACUUCAGCUGCCAUACUUAGCAGAGUCUGUAAAGCCCUGUGAUGAAAUGAAACAGCUCCACCGAAUCAUUGAGAUCGCCGUUCAUUCAAAAUCCGUCUUUGAGCGACAAUACGGAGAGGACUUGGCUCGAAGUCUGAAUGCAUUGCAGAAGCACAAUCAGAAUGCUCCUAAGCAGCGGCAAGGAAAAGUUGACAAGAAUUUGCUCGGUGUAGCGAUUGCCAGAACAAAAUUGUUGGUCCGGCAUAGACUUCGACACAUCCAAGAAAUACUAGUAGAUAACCAAUCCGCCAAGGCCUGCUGGUUGAAACAAGGCUAUCUAUGGCCGUCCACACACCCCGUGUCAACUCUAGAAACUCUGCGAUCUGUGUCGAAUCUCGCCCUUCCGGAUAAAGUGCGCAGUGUCAUCAUCGGAUACGCUCUAUCGAUUACUUCCCUGCAAAGACUGCACCGACUGGAAGAGGCUAUUCUCAAGGAAAACAUGCAGCGCCUCCGAGAAGAGGAGCAGAACGAGGGCCAUACCAAUUGGAACCCCGCGGAGCAUCCAGACUGGCUCUUAUUGGAGAUUGAUUGUAAUGUGCUCAUCCGUCCAGGUCAGGUGGACGUAGCGUUUGCCACAAUCUCUCCCGCUACCAACUCGAAUUCAGUUCUUCAAAUGAACAUGGGCCAGGGAAAGACGGCUUGCAUUAUUCCUAUGACUGCCGCUGUUUUGGCGAACGGAACUAAUAUCUUGCGAGUCAUUGUUCCAAAGCCUCUGCUGCUACAAACAGCUCAGCUUCUGCAUGCUAGAUUGGGCGGCCUGGUUGGUCGAGAGCUACGACACAUCCCAUUUUCUCGCAAGACUCCAACCAAUGCAGCUACGAUAAAAGCAUUCUUGGACAUACACAAGGAUAUGCAACAGUCAUCCGGUGUUAUUAUUGCUUUGCCUGAACACUUAUUAUCUUUCCUGUUGUCAGGAAUACAGCGACUGUCCGAUGGGCGUAACCAGGAGGCAACAUACAUGAUCAAGGUGCAAAAUUGGCUUUUACGACGAACUCGAGACGUAAUUGAUGAGUGCGAUAGUAUUCUUGCGCUUCGUACACAACUAAUAUAUCCAUCUGGGUCGCAGAAGGUGGUCGAUGGUCACCCUCUUCGGUGGGAGGUAGCUGAGGUUCUGCUUAGCCUGGUUGACGGGCACCUCUACAACCUGCAAGUGACUUUCCCUCGAAGUAUAGAAGUUGUUCGGAGAGACAAGGGUGGAUUUCCGGCUAUCUUCUUCCUCCGCAAGGAUGUGGAAGUUGCAUUGAUCGAAAGACUUGUCGACGACAUAUACCGUGGCCGAACCUCAAUUUUCCCCUCGGACUGUACAAAGUCAGAUCGUCUCAUAAUCAAGCAAUUCAUCUCCGAGGGAAAGAUCUCUGAGAAGACAUCGGAACAGGUCAGCAAGAUGUUCAACGACAAGCCGGCUUACCGAAACGCCAUUUAUCUCCUGAGAGGACUUCUGGUUCAUCGAAUCUUACUCAUGACUCUAAAGAGACGCUGGAAUGUUCAGUAUGGACUCCACCCUGAUAGAGAUCCCAUUGCGGUUCCGUAUCAUGCCAAAGGAACGCCCAGCGAGCAGGCAGAGUGGGGUCACCCCGAUGUCGCAAUCCUCUUUACCUGCCUUGCCUUUUACUACGAUGGCCUAACUGUUGCUCACCUCCGCCAGGCGCUCGAGCAUGUGCUGAAGUCCGACGAUCCUACUCAGGCUUACGAUAGGUUCUCCCAGACAACAGACCUCCCCGAUUCCCUCAGAGACUGGAACUCUAUCAACCUCGAUGAUGAAGUACAGCUCACCGAGAUCUGGCGACAUGUUCGCUUCAACGUCGUGGUUGUUGACUAUUUCCUGAAUAAUUUCGUCUUCCCUCGACAUGCGAAGCAAUUCCAAGUGAAGCUCCAGGCAUCUGGAUGGGAUAUCCCUCUAUUCUCAGCCAAGGCUCAAGAAAAUUCUUUGGAUAGGAAUGAGCAAAAAACAAAGAAAUCAAGCAGCCAAUUGACGACGGGAUUUAGUGGGACUAAUGAUGGGAAAGGAAUGCUUCCCCUUACAAUUAGACAGCAAGAUCUCCAGGGUACAUCUCAUACGAAUGCGGAGGUGUUGACGUACUUACUUGCCUCUCGAAACAGAGAAUACAUCCAAGCCGCCGACAGAGACGGAAAGCACAUCUCUGAGUAUCGUCUUCUUGAGAAGAUUGCAGACGCUCGCAUCCGCGUCUUGAUAGAUGCUGGCGCUCAAAUAUUGGAGAUGGACAACUCCACCCUGGCCAAGGCCUGGCUUGAAAUCGUCCCUAAGGCAGCUGCCGCCGUGUUUUUCGAUACCACCAGCAAACCGCAGGUAAUUUAUAGAAACAAGACAGGCCGCCCGAUCCCACUCCUAGCGACACCAUUUGCGGAUGACUUGAGCGAGUGUUUGGUCUACAUCGACCAAGCUCAUACUCGAGGAACAGAUCUAAAGUUGCCAAUACAUGCCCGAGGUGCACUGACGCUAGGCUUGGGUCAAACCAAGGAUCAUACGGUCCAGGCUGCCAUGAGAUUACGCCAAUUAGGAACUACGCAGUCGAUCGCGUUCUUUGCGCCACCGGAAGUCACUCACAGCAUUCUUGAUCUCAGUGAUAAGCAGCCCGGGGAUAGGCUUGAUUCCUUCGAUGUUGUGCGUUGGCUCCUCGAGCAGACGUGUCGCGGUAUGGAGCAAUUGCAACCUUUGUACUUCUCCCAGGGUGCCGAUUUCUGUAAGAGAACUCAAGCUGCCUUGGAUUACCCAGACCAUCUGAAGAACCCAGACCAGCGUGAGAAGUAUCUUGGCUGCCUUCAGCAGAUCGAACAGCAAACACUGGAGCAACUUUACGGAUACACGGGUAUGGGAAAGUCUUCAGUGUCACUCGACAAGCUCUCGCCUGGAGUCAAGACAUUCAUGAAAGAACUCAGGUCCAAGAGAAGAGGGUUUCAAGACACUGGCGAUGCCGUUCAUGGAUCUGCCCUGCAAGAGGUUGAGCAGGAGCGCGAGGUUGCCUACGAGAUUGAAGCUGUACGAGAAGUGCAAAAGCAGACCCAUUACCCGGCUAUGGAUUUCCCUGGUUUGCACGGAGACAUCACGAGCUUUGCGAGGUCUGGUAGGAAGAUUGGAGGGACUUGUGCUUACGAACUGGCUUUUACGGCAAUUCGGAGAUUCUCCGUGGGCAAGAAAUUCAGAGUCGAUAGUGAUGAAACAUCCCGAAAAUUAUACGUUUCGGCUGAGUUCAUGAAGACUGUGCACACAAAAUCUGGUGGUGCAGCAUAUGAUAACUUCCAGCGAGAUGUUCAUUGGGUUCUGUGGAGUCCGACGGCAGAUAUUGCGAUGGUUGUCAUACCCGAGGAAGCAGAAAUCCUACUUCGAAUUGUGAAGGAGCCUGACUCUGCAGCCCAUCUGCUAGUCUACGCUGCUCCCGUCACCCGCAAGAUGCUCCACUUCAACGACUUCAAGUACUUUGCUACUCCAGCUCUCCCGUCAGCUUGGGAGCCCCCGUCUUGGCUCUGCACGGAGCUGGGGAUAUUCUCUGGGCGAUUAUACUUUGAAUAUUCGGAAUACAGCUCCAUUCUCUCCUUCCUCGGGGUGCGGGAGAGCAAUAGCAGAAUCAAGGAGGAGGAGGAGGAGGAUGCUGAUGCUGAUGCUGAUGCUGAUGCUGAUGCUGAUGUUUGCGCGAAUGACGUUGUCCGGAUCGAAGGAAGCAGGGAAUCUGCUGCGGAACCGAAGCCUCGAGUCUUCGCUCGAAAGCCCCUCAUGUUCCUUCACGAAUGGCUGGCUCUGCGACGCAAGGGCCAAGAUUUCUCAGAGACGCCCAUGGGAUUCGUCUGCCAGGGCAAGCAGCUACUCGCGUCUCACUCGUUCUUCAGUCGACGAGACCACAGCGCCGGCAAGAGAGCAUUGACCGUCAAGACUAGAGCCGUCGUUGACGACGACGAGGAUGAUGACGACGAUGACCAUGAGGUGUACGAUGUAGCUUUCUAUGGCCCGGUGCGGGAGGAGGAUGACACUUUUGAUUACGCUACGCUGAAAGACCCGCCCCCGCAGGUCCGUCCUCGCAAUCCAACUUCACCUGCCAUGGAUGUGGACGACACUCCGGAAGCAGAUGCGCCUGCAUCUGACCGUCAAUGGGCGUCGCAUGGUCUUCGGCAAAGGCACACCGAUUUCUCAAAACCCAAGCCGGGUUCGCCCGUAGCUUCGCAUUCAAACAUGCCGAGACAAGGCGAAGAUUUUUCAAAAGCAGAACAGCACCAAGGAAGUCAAUGCAUGAGAAGAAAGUCUCUGGUCGAUGGGGUCGACAAGCCUCCAGGCAGAGAUGCAGAGAUUGCUCCAACCGGCCUCUGGCAGAGGGCAGAGGGGGUGGAACGACCUUAA